AUGCCUAAUUCCCUAAAGAGGUCUAUCAGUCCUCAAUCAAAGGAGAAACUGAGCAAUAAGAAAAGGCAGGGGUUUGCUUUUUCCAAUUUACUUUCCUUGAUCAACCCAUUCUCAUCUAGAUCUCCAGAAGUUGGAGAGCAACAUAUACCUGAAACAAGAUUCUCAUUGGAAGAGGAUAUCAAAGCAGAAUAUAACUUCUCCUCUGCAAAGAAAAGAAAUUUAUCCACUUCAUCACGUCCUAGAAGUGGAAUUACACCUCGCUUCUCAACAUUGUCAAGCAAUAUUGGCUCGUACCAAACUUUCUCAGAUUCCUUCAGAUUUCAAAAGGAGGAACUAAAUAAUGACCUAGAAAGAAGAGUUAGCCAUGUAUACGAUGAUGCUAUUGCAAAAGAUGGAACUAUAGAUGAUGACGAAUUAGACGAGAAGUCUCUGUUUGCAGAUCUUCGCCAAAACGGCAUCCAUGUAAACGCAACCCCACCAAUGUUAGAUCAAGAUAGAGAGGAUAGUUUACCCUUAAUAAUUGAACAUGAAUUUGCACCGCUAUAUACAGACGAUGAGGGAAAUUUGAUCAGGCCACCAUUUAUAAACUUAGACCCCAGAGAAAGAUAUCAUUUACUUCAACUUAAACGAUCAAUUACGGCAUCAGAGGCAUUGAAAGAAAGAAUAAAGUAUAUGGUUGAUCCAAAUGAAACAGUUUCUCAUAUUGAUUCUGCCACAAAUAAAGUAGAAACAGCUACUCAAACUCGUGAUGAGAACUUUCUUGAGGAGUCUCUCAUUUUUCCAUCCUUCAAAAGGAAGAGCCAAAUGCCGAUUAAUUCUAGGAGUCUGAAAAGAGCUAAGAAUAAUCACGGCUUUUUUGUAGGAGAGUUUUUUUACGAUUCAAACGAGGCGCUGAAAGGACCAGCUUCAAAUAAGCUUGAAGGAUAUCUUGGAUCCAUCGCUAAGCCUGCUCAUGUCAAAAAAGACAUCAAUGGAAAGUCCUCUGCCAAAGGUAAUGAGUCCCAUGAUUUAUCUUUAGAUUCCGAAUAUGUGAAAAAAGCAGAAAGUAUCUCCAAUAUUAUUAAAUUGAAGACCGGUGGUGAAAGCAAAAAGGUAGAAAACAAAAAAGAAACCAUAAAGCCAAGCUCUGGCUUUCAAUUUUCUUUGGAUAAUGAUAAAAUUUCUUCUGUGAUAAACAAAAGAGCAGAAGAGGAGGCAUCUUUGGAAAGUGAAACGAAGGCACCUAAGUUUGACAUUCCUUUACUUGUAAAAAGGAAAAGCGACAGCAGUUCCACGGGUGAUGGUUUCUUGAAAGGUAAAGUUAACUCGCAAAAUCAUAAUGCAGAAGAUGGGGGGCUUGAAGUUGGAAGCCAAAAUAAUGCUUGGAAAGAAAACGGGCCAGCUAAAAAUACUUUUUUGUUUGGAAGUACCAAAGAAGAAGACAAAAAUAUUUCGAAACCAAAGUUCGAAUUCAACCCAGUCAAAGAAUCUGAUAGACCGGAUACUGACAUCCGUGUUCCACAAAUACCGUCGAAUAAAACACAGGCACCUGUAUUUAACUUUGGUAACAAGAAAGAAGAGCAAGUGAAACCAAAAUUUUCUUUCGGGGCUACAGAAAAACCAGAUGCGCCAAAAUUAGAUUUAGAAAUUUCUAAGGAAGGGACGGAAAAGACUAUAGACCUUGAUAUAACUCAUAAAAAAGGAAAACAGGAAAAGCCCUCAUUUUCUUUUGGGGCCACAAAUAAGAAUGCGGAUAGUACCAAAUUACCAGCAUUCAGCUUCGGUAAACAGCAAGUGAAUGAUAAAGGCAGCGACCAUCCCACCAAGACGUUAACUGCACCUACUUUUACCUCUGGAGCGCCAGCAAACACUAAAAAAGAAGCAAAAAUUAUUCUUGAUACUUCUGAAAAUACUGACAAUCCAGUUAAACCUUCAUUUGUCUUCGGUGCACCAAAAGAUGGAUCGGCUCCAAAAUCUGUCUCGUUUGGAAGCUCCGAAAAAGAAGCAGGUUCAUUUCCGUCAUUUAACUUUGGUGCAAAACCAGCUGGUAAUUCCUUGGAUAACAAGAAUGCCACAUCUGGAGCUUUCCAGGGGGCGGUACUGUCCCUGUCAGCUGAAGGAUCUUUUCCUAAGCUGUCAACCGCCACUCCUGAGCCUUUCGCGAACACGUCAAACAACGGCAAUGCGCAAACGGCUGCUACACCGUUUUCUUUCGGACAAGGCCCAUCUACCGCACCUCAAUCAUCUUUUGUGUUUGGUAAUAAUCAAAAUACUAAUGCACCCGGAUUUAAUUUUGCUCCUCGUGCAACUGCUGCACCUAGUUUUUCGUUCAAUCCCUCAUCGAAGCCGGCCUUCAACUUCACUGGAUCUAAGGAAGGCACACCGGACCCUGCUUCCGUGUUCGGCGCUGCCACAGCUGCAACACCAGGUGCAGUUCCUGCAGCCACUACUCCUUUUGCCUUCAAUGCUGGUAAUGCUAGGUUUCCUAGUAAUGGCCCUGGAAUCAUGGCGAAUGGCGCCGGUAGCAAUGCGGGAACUACUACUCCCGAUGUAUUUAAUGCCGCCCCUCCGUCCAGUACGCCAACACCUCCGUUAAUGUCUGGUCGAAGAAUUGCCCAAAUGAGACAACGAAGAAGGUAA